CGUUGGAGUGCAAUGACGACGUACGCAAUCCGAGGACUCAUGUACGUGGUGGCCCAACCGAGUGUAUGGAUGGACUCGUCGCUGGCGCCCAUGGCAGCGACAAUCGCAUUCGGUAUGUGUGUAGCCGGGGGUAUCGUGGCGGUGGGGUUGCACCCGCAAGCGUAUCUGUUCGAGCGAGUUGGCCUGCCCGCCGAGUGGGCAGUCGUCUGCGCGAUUGCCGCCGUGGUUGUCGAGGUCUUUCUGACCACAGUGAUCUAUUCGCUGCUAUUCGCGCCGUGCUAUGAGUCUAUCGUGGUUAAGAAGGUCCUUGAAGCGCGUGGCCAUUUCAUGGACAUGGCAGCACCCUGGGCCACCCUUGAUUCGGAUCACCCUGCCAGGUCAUGCUGCCGGCGAAGAGUGCGAUGGAAGCUGGCGGUGUUGAUCGCGUCGAUUCCAUUGCAUUGCGUGCCUGUUGUUGGUACAAUCGCGUUCGUGUGGCUCAACGGAGGCCACCUGGCCGGGUGGGACCCCCACCAGUGCUACUUCGACUUGAAGGGGUAUUCCGUCACUCAACGAAAAGCAAUCUUUACCAAGCACCGUGACACGUACACAUCGUUGGCGACUCAGUCGAUGUGGCUCCAAGCUAUCCCGUUUGUCGGGUUCGUCUUUACGUUUACCAACACUGUCGGCGCGGCCCUGUUUGCAGCGGAUCUCGAAGAUGAACUCAUCACGCAGUCCCAGUCCAUGUAUGGAUCGUUCCACACCAUCAACAAAGAGAAGAUGUUAUACAUUUAAUGAGAAAUUGAAGGUCGACUGGA